UCGGGUGGACCAAGUAGGACUCUUGAGUCUUUUUUACGUUUUUUGCCGUCAAACGCAGCCGCGAAGUGCCGUCUAAUUCUAACACCGAACCACCGCCGCCACCGCAUCUUUGUUCUCUCGUCCUCUUUCAACGAUCCCCUUGCCUCCUCCUCGCUUCCUCCUUGAUCCUCCUCACCACGGAACCUGGUAAGGGGAUCGGAAGCGCAGCGUAGGCGAAAAUCACCCAGAUCUCUCCAUCUCGCCAUGGCUUCGGAGGUCUUUACCGACAAGAACGCCGUCUUCAAAAAGCUCAAGUCUAAGCCUGAGAACAAGAUGUGCUUCGAUUGCAACGCCAAGAACCCGACCUGGGCGUCCGUCACCUAUGGGAUCUUCCUCUGCAUCGAUUGCUCCGCUGUCCACCGCAGCCUAGGCGUGCACGUUAGCUUUGUCAGAUCUACAAAUUUGGACUCAUGGACUCCUGAGCAACUUAAGACAAUGGUUUUUGGAGGCAACAAUCGUGCACAAGUUUUCUUUAAGCAGCAUGGGUGGGCUGAUGGUGGUAAAACUGAUGCAAAGUAUACAUCUAGAGCUGCUGAGUUGUAUAAGCAGAUACUUUCAAAGGAAGUUUUGAAAAGCUUCACAGAAGAUAAUGCUAUCCCUUCAUCGCCUGUUGCACCAUCUGCUUCAUCUGAUAUCACAAAUGGAUUGCCUGAGCUUAAACUUGUAGAUGCAAUGAACAGUUUGAAUGAUGAGAAGUCUGAGUCUGAAAGUAUACAUUCGCCUAAAGCUCCUAUUCGUUCAACAGUCAUAUCCUCUAUCAAGAAACCUAUUGGUUCAAGGAAGACUGGAGGGAAGGCUGGUGGUCUUGGUGUGAGGAAGCUCACAACAAAGCCAAAUGAAAGUCUAUAUGAUCAGAAGCCUGAAGAACCAGCUCCUGCUACAACAUCUUUAGCUAAAUCAAAGAUAACAGAUGCUCCAUCGUUUCCUUCUCGGUUUGAGUAUGUGGAGAACAAUGGAACUGAGAAUAAUGCUGGAGGUGCUCAAGUGAUCGGACAUGUUGCUCCGCCAAAAUCUUCAAGCUUCUUUGCAGAGUUUGGAGUAGACAGUGGGUUUCAGAAAAAGGCAAGCUCAACUUCAUCGAAGGUGCAGGAAAGUAAUGAAGCAAGGCAGAAAUUCUCGAAUGCCAAGUCAAUUUCUUCAGCCCAAUUCUUUGGAGAUCAAAACAAUGCAAGUGAGAACGAAGCACAGAGAACCCUUCAAAGGUUCACGGACUCCAAAGCCAUUUCAAGUGCCGAGCUGUUUGGUAAUGGUACGGAAGAAAAUUCCAAUCUAGAUUUGACUGCUGCUGAUCUCAUCAACCGUAUCUCCUUCCAGGCAUCACAGGAUUUAUCUUCCCUCACAAACAUUGCUGGGGAGACGGGCAAGAAGUUGACUUCCAUUGCAUCCAGCCUUAUCUAUGAUCUUCAAGAUAGAAUCCUUUAGUUGAAUUAGUAUGCAUUAUUGGCAGCCACUUCAAAGAUUGAUUCAAACAUCAAGAUUCAAGAAGUUGUAAGGUUUAGAAACAUAUCAGGGUAUGCGUUUUUCUCAGGGAUGUUACUUAAACUUGGUUAUUAUACAAUUUUCCUAUUUACAUUUGAUCUAUAUGUAGCUAUUGUUGUUUAAUCGAAUAGAAGCUUGAGUAUCUCCGUUACAGCUAUUACUUGGAAUUAUAUUUCAUUUGUAUUUAAGAACCUGGUAAAUCCCAAUGCGCUUCAUACUUU